UCGUUUUCAGAACUUAGAAAAAAACACAAACUUUUGUGUCCCGCGAAAGCAUAAAUGAAAAAUUAGUUCAAUGAUUCUCGGCAAUAGCAGUGGCAAACUCAGCCGCAACACACUAUUUUCCCUAAUCAACAAAGCUUCAACAUUUCCUCAUCUUGCUCAAACCCACGCUCAAUUCAUUCUCAAUGGUUACCGUUUCGACCUCGCCACCCUCACCAAACUCACUCAAAAACUCUUCGACUUCUCCGCCACGCGCCACGCACGCGCCCUCUUCUUCUCUGUUCCCAAACCAGACAUCUUCCUCUUCAAUGUCCUCGUUCGUGGCUUCUCCCUCAACGAUUCACCUUCUUCUUCCAUUUCUCUGUACACCCAUUUACGUCGAAAUACCAAUCUUUCCCCUGAUAACUUCACCUACGCUUUCGCCGUUGCCGCUUGUUCUAAUGAUAAGCAUUUGAUGCUUCUGCAUGCUCAUUCUAUUAUUGAUGGGUAUGGUUCUAAUGUGUUUGUUGGUUCUGCUCUUGUUGACUUGUACUGCAAGUUUUCGAGAGUUGUGUAUGCAAGGAAAGUGUUUGAUGGAAUGCCUGAGAGAGAUACUGUUUUGUGGAACACUAUGAUUAAUGGGUUGGUUAAGAAUUGUUGUUUUGAUGAUUCUAUUCAGCUCUUUAGGGAAAUGGUUGCAGAUGGGGUGAGGGUGGAUUCGUCGACUGUUACUGCUGUGCUUCCUGCUGCUGCUGAGUUGCAAGAGUUGAAAGUUGGGAUGGGGAUUCAGUGUUUGGCUUUGAAAAUUGGGUUUGGUUUUUGUGAUUAUGUGUUGACCGGUUUGAUUUCCUUGUAUUCUAAAUGUGGGGAUGUAAACACGGCGAGGUUGUUGUUUAGGAGGAUUAAUAGGCCGGACUUGAUAGCGUACAAUGCGAUGAUUUCUGGGUUUACUGCCAAUGGUGGGACUGAAUGUUCUGUGAAGCUUUUCAGAGAGCUGCUUUUUUCUGGUGAGAGAGUCAGUUCAAGUACAAUUGUUGGUUUGAUUCCACUGCAUUCUCCAUUUGGUCAUCUGCAUUUGGCUUGCUCUAUUCAUGGGUUUUGUGUGAAAUCCGGUAUUAUUUUGAAUCCGACCGUCUCAACUGCAUUCACUGCUAUAUACAACAAACUUAAUGAAAUAGAUUUGGCUCGCCAUCUGUUUGAUGAAUCGCCAGAGAAAACCGUGGUGGCUUGGAAUGCUAUGAUUUCGGGUUACACGCAAAAUGGUUCGACAGAGACGGCUAUCUCUCUUUUUAAGGAAAUGAUGAAGACUGAAUUCACUCCAAAUGCAGUUACCAUCACGACCAUCCUUUCAGCUUGUGCUCAACUAGGAUCUUUAAGUUUUGGAAAAUGGGUCCAUCAUUUGAUUAAAAGCGAAAAUCUUGAGCCAAACAUUUAUGUCUCGACAGCUCUAGUUGACAUGUACGCCAAGUGUGGGAACAUUUCGGAGGCUUGGCAAUUAUUUGAUUCGAUGAGUGAAAAGAAUACUGUAACUUGGAAUACUAUGAUUUUUGGUUAUGGGCUCCAUGGAUAUGGGCAUGAAGCACUUAAGCUUUAUAAUGAGAUGUUACAUUUAGGGUAUAAUCCAUCUGCAGUCACUUUUCUUUCAGUCUUGUAUGCUUGCAGCCAUGCUGGCUUAGUAGGAGAAGGAGAGGAAAUUUUUCAUAAUAUGGUCAAUAAAUACAGGAUUGAGCCCUUAAUCGAGCACUAUGCAUGCAUGGUGGACAUUCUGGGACGAUCUGGACAGUUAGAAAAAGCCUUAGAAUUUAUAAAGAAAAUGCCUGUUGAGCCGGGUCCUGCUGUCUGGGGUACAUUGCUUGGUGCCUGCAUGAUUCACAAAGACACGGACAUAGCCCGCUUGGCUUCAGAAAGGCUAUUUGAACUCGAUCCAGGUAGCGUAGGAUACUAUGUCUUACUUUCUAAUAUAUACUCUGUGGAAAGAAACUUCCCAAAGGCUGCUUCAAUACGACAAGUUGUUAAGAAAAGAAAACUGGCAAAGAGUCCAGGGUGCACUCUAAUUGAGGUUAAUGGGACCCCCCAUGUCUUUGUAUCUGGUGAUCGUUCUCAUUCUCAUGCAACCGAUAUUUAUGCAAAGCUGGAGAAGUUAACGGGCAAGAUGAGGGAGAUGGGGUAUCAGGCAGAAACAGUCCCUGCUUUACAUGACGUGGAAGAAGAGGAAAAAGAACUCGCGGUGAAUGUUCAUAGUGAGAAGUUAGCCAUAGCUUUUGGCCUUAUCACCACUGAACCUGGUAAUGAGAUCAGGAUCAUCAAGAAUCUUCGGGUUUGUUUGGAUUGCCACACUGCAACUAAGUUUAUAUCGAAGAUCACUGAAAGAGUGAUAGUGGUUAGGGAUGCUAACAGAUUCCACCAUUUCAAAGAUGGGAUCUGUUCUUGUGGCGAUUAUUGGUGAAGCCGAACUAAUAUUUUUUCACCACUUAAAGUUAUAUGGAGCAGAAGCAUUAUCUAAUCUUUUGCUUUCAUAUUAUUUAUCUUACAAUUUUGAUAUGGAGUCUGAACCCUCAUGUGAACCUCCACUUGAGAAGUACAAAAUUUCACAGCACCGGCCUGACUAAAGGAAGUUUCAUCCAUGGUUUACCUCACUGUGUCCAUGGAUGAUCACAAGCUUGGAGUUAUAUUUGAACUAAACAUAUGUUCAAGCUGGGACAGGGUAGAGUGUGUACGUUCAAGAAAGUACCAUAAUUGCAGAAACAUCUUUCAGAAAGGGGUAUUUUCUUCUAGGGAGGCUGUUGGUGAAAGCACAUGGGGUGGAAGAAUAGGCAUCUCACAUUUCAUUUUAAUAACAUGUAUACAACAACUGUGGAAACUGGACGUUCUUCCUGAUAUACUUGCGUUUUAAACACAUUUAUUACGUUUUUUGCUCAAAUUCAGCUUUAUGAUCCAUCCUACUGCCAAGUUUGAUCUAUCAUUUUCAGGAUACUGAGAUCAUGUCUUGAUGAUUUUCAAUGUGCUCUUGUUUGUUGGCUUUUAACAGUGAAAAAGAAAAGGGUAAACUGCA